GAAAACUUAAAAAAAAAAAAAAAAAAAACCCCACUUGCAGUGGAGAUCAUCUUCUCACCUUGGCUGUAGAUGUCUCGAACAGCACAAUCUACCCAAGCCUGCAGGCGACAAGUGCCACGUAUUCGAUGGACUACAACACUUCACAGUGCCUUUGUGAAUGCCGUUAAUGCUCUUGGUGGCCCUGAAAGGGCAGCUCCAAAAGAUGUUCUGCAGCUCAUGAAUGUGAAGGAUUUGACCCUUGCUCAUGUUAAAAGCCACUUGCAUAUGUAUAGGACAGUGAAGAGAGUCUCAGGAGUAUCAGAAGCACCCUCAAUGAAAAUCUCUUAUCCUGCUGAAAAAAUAACAUCUAAUCACUUGAUAAUUCCCAGCGGUUCUAAUAACCCGGCAGAAAAUUAUAUCCGCCAAAAGGAAUAUAUUACCAUAGAGGUAACAAAUGUCAAUGCAGAAAGGACAGAAGUAUCAUUUUUCAAAUUGUCCAAGGCAACUUUGGAGCAUCUCUUUGCUAUUGCCAACUUCGUGUUGGAGCUUCUGGCAGCUGUUUUUGAUCAACUUUCGUCUUCUGAUAAGCCAGGGUGUGCACUAAUUGGCAUGUCGAUAUCUUUCGUGGCCAUGUUCAUCUGCAUCAUUGAGCUCGUUUUCAAGGGUAGACGCCAAAAAGUAACAUGGAGAUGGAGAGGCAGGAAAUCUUGGUUUUACUAUCCAUCUUCAAGUCAAAUGCGAUUUGGUACUUUCACAGAUAUCGUUGGUUUAACCUGUGCUGGAUUUCAGUUCAUCUUUGCAGCGAUUAAUUAUGGGUUUUUAAGCCACCAUGUUAAUAAUCCUAUUAAGAUAUCUGUGUGGCCUGUCAUCUUUGCUUUCGGCUUAUUAUGUUCUGAGUUUUGCAAGGAUCCUGAAAAGAAGAACUUUCCAUAGAUGGGAUUUUAGUUUCUGGUGUGAUGCAAUGCAGAUACUAGUACAUAUA